AUGUACUGCCUACUCAUCAGAGAGAAUGCUCUUAAUAUUGGACUUGAUGAUAUUCCGGGUUCAACGCAAAACUUAAACAACUCUAGCACUAUCAACACUGUCUCAACUCCUCCACCAGUUGCCAGCACGGACGAUUCUCAGACUGUUGUUGACCGCAAUGUUUCUCCAUCCCAAAAGGCAGCAUACACCACUGAAGAUUACUUAAAAGUCACGGAAGAGCAGCUGAAGGCAUCUGCAGCCCAACAACAGGUGCAGUCACCUCCUCAGGGGGAAAGCUCACCUGAACCGCAAAAUCAGCCUCAAGCUACUGUUAAAGAAACUGCUGGUACAACGCCACCACCCCAAAAGCCUGAGAUAUAGACAUGAAACAUCUUGAAGGAGAUGAAAACAAGAGAAUUUUCUAGUGAGCUGUCCAUCCUUAAGAAUCUCUAAAGCGAGCCAGUAAAGCUCAUUAAAAUGAUAAAUGAAAGAAAUUCUAUACUAUUCCUGAUUUCUGCCACCCACCUUUUUUGUACUUUAAAUUUUUUUUUUUCAAUUUCUAGCACAUGCAUAUAGGGUAGUCCUUAGAAAUUUUUUGUUAACUGGCAAGUUCAGGCUGUUCCUGGAUUCACGUAGAAGAUGAUUUAGUGUGAAGUACCAUUACUGGAGAGGAAUGUUGCAUCCGGAGGACUGAAUUAUUCUUGUUUCUUUUCUUGAGGAAUGCUUAUGCCUAUUUCAAUUUAAAAGUAAUGAAUAAUACACAACUAUUGUUUGUACUUCU